AUGGCUGCCAUGGCGACCGUGCCCAGCUACACCCCUUCGCUAUGGGUGAGGAUGUGCCACGCCCUCCCCCGGCUGGACCUCACCAUGACGAUGAGAGACAACCUCUUCAUCCCCGACAGCUGGGAGUACCAACAGACUCUACUGGUCCUCUCUAGUCUCUCGGCCAUUGCUCUCGUUCUCUCCCUCCUCGUCAUUAUCUCCUUCCUUAUACACUACUGCUGCUGUCGCCGUGGUGACCGGAGCGAGGGAUCUGAGGAAGAGGAGGAGGAUGAAGAGGGCAGCACGGGCCACGGAUACGGAGGCAAGAAAGGGCGGGGUAUCUGCUGCGUCACCUGGGUGUCGGUGGCGGCUGUCACACUGUGCUGUGUUGCCAUAGGCGUUGGUUUCUAUGGCAACAGCGAGGCUAAUGAUGGGAUAUAUCAGUUAACAUCGUCUCUUCUCACAGCCAAUUACACACUGGCUUCCAUCGAUCUGCUGGUUUCAGACACAGUCUCUGGGCUACAGCUGUCCAUCGCCGGGCCCCUGACCACCAUGGAGGAGCUGUUUACAGGCAGUAAGCCCUACUUGGUGUCCACCCGGAACUGUAGGAGACUGUCAGAGAACGUGGUGUCCCUGCUCACCUCUCUGACCAUGGCUCGCUCCUCUGACGGGGGUGCCUGGAACAACAGUAACAAUAGCGGAGAUCCUCCCAUAGCAGCCCUCACCCCUGUGCCCCCCUCCAUGGCCCCCACAGUGGCACCAGUCGGAGGGGUCAUGCCAAGCCCCUUCUCCCCUGGCUGGGCAGCCAACACACUGAUGGUCAACGAGGACUACAGGUGGCUGUCCUACGUGCUGCUGUUGCUGCUGGACCUCCUAGUGUGUCUGUUCAUCCUGCUGGGGCUAGCCAAACAGGCCCGCUGGCUCCUCAUCCUGAUGACGGUGCUGGCCUGGCUGGCUCUGUUCCUGAGCUGGGGCUCCCUGGGCCUGGAGACUGCCACUGUGGUGGCUGUCAGUGACUUCUGUACAGAUCCCAACACGUUUGUGCUCAACUCCACCCACUUCAACUCUGGGACCAGCUCAGACGUGUUGGAUUAUUACCUGACCUGCAGCAGACGUAUGAACAGCCCUUUCCAGCAGCUGCUGACCCAGUCACAGAGGGCCCUUUCCAGCAUCCACACACACCUAUCCAGCCUGGACCGGAAUGCUCUCCCACAGGUCCCCAAGGCAGAGAAGUCACUCAGGGAGGUUCAGCAGAUUCUCAAUGCCACAGAGGGCAACUUUCACCAGCUAGUGGCGCUACUCAACUGUCGAGGUCUCAACAAGGAUUAUAUUGACUCUUUGAAAGGCCUGUGCUAUGACGGGAUGGAGGGAUUGCUCUACCUCUCCCUCUACUCUUUCCUUUCGGCUCUGGCCUUCACUGCCAUCCUCUGUUCCCUGCCCGGCGCCUGGAGAAGCUUCCCCAGUGAUUCCGAGGAGUAUGAAGAUUCGGACAGCGAGAGCGAGGACCCCUUCACUUCCCAUCAGGCACGUAGACAGCCGGCCGCGGGGUCUCAGCGAGGGGCCUUGCCCCCCUUCUAUAAUUACCAGGGGGCCGGGUGGACUCCUCCCUUUUCUAGCGCGCCACCCCUCCCGUGA